UUCCCGCCUCUUCAUCAGACAAGUAGACAACAAGACAGCUCGCGCACGACUCACUUGCGAAUGUAAAAUGCAGAUGAAUACACGAGUCUGGAGCUGGCUGUUAUCUAACGUGAGUUAGGAGGGGAAAAGAAGAGCCAUGAAGAAACACCUGAGUCCUGCAAAACAGCAGCUGCAACCCCCGGCAGAUGCCCCGGCUCCCGGCGGCGAGGUUAACGUUACCUACCAACAACUCAACGAGCUCCUCACAAACGGCAGCGGGUUCUACAGCUUACCGACACAACACUUCAACGAGGUCUUUCCCCGAAUAUACAUCGGUAACGCGUUCGUGGCCCAGAAUGCAAUGCGUCUGCAAAAACUCGGAGUGACACACAUCCUCAACGUGGCGGAGGGCACGUCCUUCAUGCAUGUCAACACCAGUGUGGAGUUCUACGCCGGAACGGGCAUCACGUACCAUGGUAUCCAGGCCAACGACACGGAGCAGUUCAACCUCAGUGCCUUCUUUGAGGAAGGGGCCGAUUUUAUUGACAAGGCCCUUGCACACAAUAAUGGAAAAGGGAAAGUGUACGUACACUGCAGAGAAGGGUACAGCCGCUCCCCUACCAUGGUUGUUGCUUACCUCAUGCUGCGCCACAAAAUGGAUGCCCGGCUGGCGGUGGCCACCGUGAGGCAUAAGAGAGAAAUUGGUCCCAACGACGGCUUCCUUCGCCAACUGUGCCAACUUAACGAGAAGCUGGCAAAGGAGGGCAAGCUGAACGGGGAGGUGGGCAAACUAAAGACCAAGUGAAAGCAGGACGGACCCUCUGCCCUGUCUCCUCCUCCUCCUGCCUUUCACAGGCGUUCAGCUACUCUCGGACCCUGCCCUGACCAAACCAGCACCCAUCUGACACACCAAGGGGUAUUCUGAAACACAAACAUACAUGCAUUUGUCUGUGUAGAUAAUUAUUCCUCAUGCACACACACAAUCUCACACAUUUUUGUUUAUAAAUCUUCAGUUCACAUCUGUCACCGCUGCGUCUAAAGAGGGCUUGCGUCAGUCCUCUGCCUCCUCCUACAAAGAGUGUGAUCUCACAUACUCCCCCCUUUUUUAAACUCCACACAGAUGUGCAGCCGUUUCGCUGCUAGCACCCAAAAGCAGUACCUUAAAGCAUUCCUGCAAUCCACCGCAAGUUGAGAAGGUGAAAACAUGAUUUUUAAGAUUAUAGCACAAUCAUUCCAUAGUUUUCCACUGCCGGGAAUAUCAGUAAUGUCUCCGCCAGCUGGACGACUCUAUAAAUCCCAAAUGAACUCUUAGAUAAUAAAAAGUUGACGGCCACACAUGAUGCACACAAAAUAUGCGAUAUGUGAAUGCAUAGAGGAAAAUCCUAAAACAUUCCAUGAAAACUGAAAACAAAAAAAAAGUUUUGACAAGAUUUGUCAACAAAGAGUUUUGUUGGCCAUCUUGAUCCGUAAAAUUGUCUUCUACCCUUAGAGGCAGAUAAGUAAUGCACAAACACAAAUAAUUCACACUAAUGCAAGCUGUAACUCUGUGUAGUAUUACAGUCGGCAUCCUCGACUCUCUCCGGCCUCUAGUUUGAUGGCGGCAGCGUUACAUUCGCAUCACUGAGGCACGGGGCAGCAGGAACAGCGACAGAAAAGGUUGAGUUAAUUAAAAAUAACGAGCUGCUGAGUGGGUGGUUCACGUUGCAGGACAUAUUUACCUGCUGAUUUGACGAAUGCUCAUUAACGCUAAAUGUGACGUUAUUUCAUUUUGGCAAUGAGCUCAGUCAUCCUGCAGUACAAUAUCUGAGAGCAACAUUGGACUGAAUAU